UAAUUCAGUUGUAUUUUGAACGCGAUGAAAAGUGGUUGUGAUUGCUCCUUAUAGUAAACGGCAUUAUUAUACGUAUAUCAUACAAAAAAAAGAAUUCAUUUUGAAUUUUUUAAAACAAGACUUUAUUUUUUACAUUUCCAAAAUAGUUAAAUCAUAAAAUAAAAACAUGUUCAAAACAGUACUUAUUGUAACGUGCCUUUUCGUGGCUGGUGCUCUCUGCAGUGACCUUAAAAUCGAUGUCAUCAGUGUGCCUGAAUUGUGUGAACAAAAAACAAAAAAUGGUGAUAUGUUGACAAUGCACUAUACUGGUACACUAACAGAUGGCAAAAAAUUCGAUUCAAGCUUGGACCGUGAUCAACCAUUUACAUUCACAUUGGGUGCAGGUCAAGUGAUAAAGGGUUGGGACCAAGGAUUGUUAGAUAUGUGUGUUGGUGAAAAACGUAAAUUGACCAUUCCACCAAGUUUGGGUUAUGGUGACCGUGGUGCUGGAAAUGUUAUUCCACCAAAUGCUGUUUUAAUAUUCCAAGUUGAACUCAUCAAUAUUGGCAACACUCCACCAACAACAAAUGUUUUCAAAGAAAUCGAUGAUAACAAUGACAAAAUGUUGAGUCGCGAAGAGGUAAACGUUUAUGUCAGUGAAUACUUGAAGAAACAAAUGUCCGCCGUCGAAGGACAAGACACAGAUGAACUCAAGAACAUGCUCAAAGAAAACGAUAAACUCGUUGAAGAGAUCUUCCAACAUGAGGAUAAGGACAAAAAUGGAUUCAUUUCACAUGAUGAAUUCUCAGGCCCAAAACAUGACGAGCUAUAGACCGCAAUAUAAAUAAUAACAAUCGUUAGCAAAUAGUUUUUUUUUAUUAAAAAAAAAUUAAAAUCUAUGAUUUUUCAAGUUUUUUUUUGUUUAAUUUUAAUCUAUUUAGUGAACGUGCGAGGUAGUUUAUUUUAUAAGCAUAAUUGAAAGUCAUUUUGUUUUCCAUUAAAUCUAACGGAAUAUAUUAGAUAAAAUCUUUAAUUUAUAUCUGAAGAAAGAAGAAAAAAAGAAAAGAAUAUGCACAUGUAUUUGCUCAGUUUUAUGUUUCGAACUUUGUUUUUAAGUUUUUUUUUUAUAUACAA